CUCAUAUAUAAGGUUGGGUGUUUAUUGUUGACAGCAUUCCCCUUUGUCCCAAGAAGAGUCACCAUGAUAUACCAAGCCAUUCUGUUGUAUAUUCUUGGCAUUACGUCGGCAACAAUAGUACAAGAUUGUGGUUCGGUGGGCACUAUAGUGACCGUCGUGAUCGAAGACUGCGAGCUCCCGCCGUGCUUGGUCACAAGGCCCAACAACUAUGACGUAAACAUAACGUUCACACCAGCUAACGAGGUGACUGGACUCAGGACCGAGAUCGACGCGUACAUCGGCGGCAUACAUUUCCCUUGGCCUGGACCCGGGGGCUGCAACCUUAUUGUGGAGGGCAGCUGUCCUCUUCAAACAAGUGGACAGUAUAAAUACCACGCCGCAAUGCCCGUCCUUGCCGAAUACCCUGCGCUGUCGGCGGUGGUGUCGUGGAUUGUGAUCGACCAGGACGGGCGCCAGCAGGUCUGCGUCGCCUUUCCCAUCACUAUCGUGUGACCCUGUCCGCUCCCCGCGCCGUCGCACCCCGCGUUGAGCAGCCAGAAGGAUUGUGAUAUUAGAGUAGGUCAUUUAACUAAAGAAUGAUGAUCAAGUGGGAAAACGUAGUCCCCUUGUUUGGAUGGAAAUUCAAUUAUAUAUUGAGGUAUUAGCGUGA